UCAAAAGGAGCCUUAACACUAAACAUUCACAAUUAAUAAACUAACUAUGAACUUAUUUACUGGCCAUUCAGUUUCCUACUACGCGAAUAUUAUGUGUGCACCAUACGAGAACUCAUAAAUAAGAAUGGUACGUCACUCGCGUGUGUAUGAAGAGCCGGAAUAUCGACAUCGCAUCCAACUCAUGUGGCAUUUGACAUUACGUUAGACAAGCGGCCGUUGAAGCCGGGAGAAAUGUAUAAAAGAAUUCGCUUCGGACACUAAGGCAUCAGUCGCUCAUCUCGUAGCAACGAAAUCAAAACAACUAAUCAACCAUGAAAGUGAUCAUUGUCGCCCUUGCCUUCGUGGCCGUUGCUGCCGCCGCCGCCAUUGAGAGCGAGCCCCCAAAGAUCCUCCGCUCCGAAAGCAGCCAGACCCCCGAGGGUGGCUACGUCUUUGGAUUUGAAACGGAAAACGGCAUUGCUCGCAGCGAAACCGGUGAAGUCAAACAAGUCGUGGACGCCGAGAACAAGCCCCAAAACGUAGUUGUUGUCCGAGGAAGCUACACCUACAAGGACAACGAAGGCAAUGUUGAAACUGUCAACUACUUCGCUGAUGAGACCGGUUUCCACGCGGAGGGACCCUCCAUCCCUCAAGCACCCUCCAGGAGAUAAGCAGUCAAUAUCUAGGUUAACGUCCACAAAUAAUCGAGUGAAUAAUUAAAUCAAUUUACUCGAUUCUUUGUCGAAUUGCACCUGUAAGAUUAAAUGGUACCUUAUUCGGAGAAAUCAAUGUUUGCCAUGAUGAGCAUGUGGAUUGACAACUGGCUGAUACUCACAUAUUGCUAGUUGCAAUCUCACCCGCACUGCCAUAUUUUUGUACAUUUUGUUAUGGUUCGUUACGUUUUUUUAAUU